UCGGCGUCAACCGGAAGAUCAAGUAUGCGUUCCUCGACUCGUACCGCGAUCACUUCCUGAUUGCGCCCGAAUCGGGUAUCGUGACGCUGGCGAAACCACUCGACCGGGAGCAGAAGGCGGUGUACAAUCUGUCAGUCUCGGCGACCGAUCUGGGUCACCCGCCCCUCUCAAACGCGGCGGUACUGAUCAUCAACGUGCAGGACAUCAACGAUAAUCCGCCCGAGUUCACGUCGAAGCACUACUUCGCGUCGGUGCCGGAAAUCAACUCGAUCGGCUCGGAGAUCCUGAAGGUGCUGGCCACGUCCAAGGACACCGGCAUCAACGCCGAGAUCAGCUACUCGAUCAUCGGUGGAAACGAGCAUCGGAAGUUUGCGAUCAACAACCGCACCGGCAUCCUGGCGCUGGCGGACACACUCGAUUACGAGCGCGCCAAGGACUACUUCCUAACGAUUCAGGCGGUGGACGGUGGAACGCCACCGCUCAGCAACCUGGCGACCGUGAACAUUUCCGUCACGGACAGCAACGACAAUCAUCCGCAGUUCACGCAAAACUCAUACAACGCGCGGAUCCGCGAGGAUGCCCAGCGAGGCGAUCGGAUACUGCAGGUCCGCGCGAACGAUCUCGAUGCGGAGGAGAACGGGCGGGUAAGCUACACGAUCGAGCGUGGCGAUCGGAUGGAACAGUUCGCCGUGGAACCCGAGACGGGUUACAUCUCCGUCGCCGGCACACUCGAUCGGGAGUCGAUCUCGAACUACGUGCUGGAGGUACAAGCCCGCGAUCACGGCGUUCCGACGCUGACCGCGUACGUCCUGGUGAACAUUGAGAUUUCGGACGCGAACGACAACCCGCCGCUGUUCGCGCAACAAAACUACACGGCCGUGGUGCAGGAGGACAAGCAAAUUGGCCACACACUGCUCAAGUUCGACGUGACCGAUGCGGAUACGGCUCCGAACGCCGCGCCCUAUACGUUCGAUUUCCGAGCCGGUAACGAGGGUGGUUCGUUCCGGAUCGAGCAGGAUGGGAUCCUGCGGACGGCGACCCGGUUCAACAGUAAGAUCCGCGACAGCUACCAGCUGCAGGUGCGCGUGUUCGACAACGGAACGCCACCGCUGUACUCCGACACCUGGGUGCUGGUGAAGGUGAUCGAGGAAUCGCAGUACCCACCGGUCAUUACGCCGCUCGACAUCUCGAUCAACUCGUUCAUGGACGAGUACCCGGGCGGGGUGAUCGGGAAGGUGUACGCCGCCGAUCAGGAUCAGUACGAUACGCUGUCGUACGGGCUGGCACCGACUGCCGGGGUGCUCUACUCACCCACGAACCUGUUCAACAUCUCGCGAAAUGAUGGCGUCCUGUACGCGUACCCACGGCUCGAUGUGGGAGAUUACCGGGUCAACGUGACCGUGACGGACGGGAAGUUCUCCUCGUUCACGAUCGUGAAGGUGGCGGUUGAGCUGGUGAACGAUGAGAUGCUCGCGAAUGCGGUCGUCGUGCGCUUCCUGAAGGUAUCACCCGAAGGGUUUGUGUUGAGCCACCGGAAAGGCUUCAUCCGUUCGGUGCGCAACGCGAUCGGGUGCAAGAUCAAGGACAUCAUCAUCAUUUCGGUGCAACCGUCGAGUGACGAACUCAACCUGAUUCAGCACCGAGUCCGUCGCCGUUCGGUGCAGGUCGAUGGGUUGGCGAACGUAACGAGGUCGGGUGAACGAUCCCGUCGCAACGCAGUCCGCGAUCUGGAUGUGCUGUUCACUGUGCGCAGAGGUCAACCGGCUACCAGCGGGUACUAUUCGGCCCACGAGAUCCGGCGGGCGAUCGACGAGAACCUGGAGGAGAUCGAGGACGCGACGAAGCUGCAGAUUGACGAGGUGGUAAAGUCGAAGUGUUUGCCCAACUUUUGCAUCCACGGCGAGUGUGAGGAUCGGAUCGUGCUCGACCCGCGCCUCAUCCACCCGGUGUCGACGGACGUGACGAGCUUCGUGUCGGCUCGCCACUCGCACCGCAUGGAAUGUCUGUGCCGCGAGGGCUACGGAGGUGACAAGUGUCAGCACGCCGUCAACGAGUGCUCCAAAUCACCGUGCCCGAGCUACAAAACGUGCAUCCCGGAUUCGUCGGACCAGGGUUACCACUGUGCGUGCCGGGAAGGAUUCGCCGGGCCGAAGUGCGAUCGGGACAUUGCGCUCUGCAACGAUGAAACGUGCUACGUACCGCGGAACCCGGUGUCGUUCGGUGGCAAGAGCUACGCCCAGUACCGGAUCGAGAAGGAGAUCGCACGGAAGCACCUGGAGGACCAGCUGGUGCUGAGCCUGCGCAUCCGGACCGUGCAGCCGACCGGCAACAUCAUGUACUCGGCCGGCAAGGUGGACUUUAACGUGCUGGAGAUCAUGAACGGGGUGAUCCAGUAUCGGUUCGAUCUGGGCUCCGGCGAGGGGUUAGUCAGCGUAACCAGCAUCUUCGUGUCCGAUGGUCUGUGGCACGAGGUACGCCUGGAGCGGGAAGGCAACAGUGCCAAGCUGUUCGUCGAUGGCAAACACGUAGCGCAGGGUAAUGCGCCGGGCGUGAACGGAGUGCUGAACCUCCAAUCGGAUGAUAUCUUUUUCGGGGCCGAAGUCAAACAGCAUCCGACCGUGCUCGGGUUCGAGGAUGUGCAGAAGGGCUACGUGGGCUGCAUGGAUGACAUUCGGCUCUCGAAGAUACCGGUGCCGCUGCAUAUGAACGGUGCGAGUUCCGUGGCCAGCUUACGGCGGUUCGCCAACGUCGAGUUCAGCUGCGACGCUUCGUCGGUGCUGGUUCCGCUGGGCGUCUGUGGAACGCAACCUUGUUGGAACGGAGGCACCUGUAAGGACGUCGGCGGUGGCAACUUUGAGUGCCUGUGCCAUUCGCGAUUCUCCGGUCCGUACUGCCGGGAGGACCUCGAUCCGUGUGCCUCCUCGCCGUGUCUGUACGGGGGCAAGUGUUCGAAGGUGGGCUUCGGGAACUACACGUGUGACUGUCCGGCGCGAAUGUCAGGUAAACGGUGCGAUUACGGGCGCUUCUGUACGCCAAACCCGUGCCGCAACGGAGGGGUCUGUGAGGAGGGUGACGAUGGGCCACUGUGCAUGUGCCACGGAUAUACCGGAACGACGUGCGAAACCGAUAUCGACGAGUGUGAGAAGCAACCGUGCGGAAAUGGGGCCACGUGUAUCAAUGAGGCCGGUAGCUUCCGGUGUAUCUGUCCGCCGGAGAUGACGGGAGCGAGUUGUGGCGAUCCGCUCUACACCAAUCCGCUGACGAUCUUCAAGAAGGUGAAACCGGAGAUAUUCUACAUUGUGGUGAGCGUCAUCGCGACGGUGCUGGUCGUGGUCGUGAUCUGGGGCGUGGUGUGCGUAUGUCGCAAGAAGCGCCGCUCGAACCGGCACGAGAAGAUCAACAACGAGGCGAACAAGGGCAUCGUACUGAACCCGGUCUCGGAGGCAUCCGGGGCGUACAAGCGGGGCUCGAAGAUGAGCAACCUGGAGAUCCAGCGUGAUCAGCGCCCGGUCUCGUACACGCCGACCAGCAACAAUGCGACCGCGGCCGAGCAUCAUCUGUACACGUGCAGCGCGAUGCUCCAGUACAACAACCUGGACACGCUCCGCAGCUACGGAUCGGCCGGGGACGAGCUGGAGAAUGUGCCGCCCGAGUACCGGAAGGCGACCGUGCGACCGACGCAGCAAAUGGUCAACAUCAACGCGAGCGGUGGGGCCAACACCUCGAGCGACACCGAGUCACUGCACAAGCAGAAGUGGACCGAGCAGAUCCAACUGCAAACGUUCACCGACAAGAUCAACAACGAUCUGAAGCGCCUCAGUCCGAGUGCGACACUCGAGCAGCAACAGCCACUGCUACAGCAGCCACAGGCCAUGAUGCCGCAACCACAUCCGGCCCAUCUGCGGGGCUCUCCGAUGCAGCUGAAACCGAUGCAGCAGAUGGGUAUCCUGCCGGGCCGGUUGCUCAACACGCAGCACUCGCCGACGAUGCUGAUGCCACCGCACAGCUUCGACGAUCCGGCGGCCGGAGCGCACCACGGUGGGGCCGCGUACCACUGGGACUGCUCGGACUGGGUCGGACGGGGGCACCACCCGCUGCCGAACAUCACCGAGGUCCCGGGCAGCGAGGUGCCCGACUCGUCCAGCUUCCACAGCAACGAGAGCAACGAAUCGCACCCGAAAAACAAUCUUCUACCACCGAUACUAGGGCCGGUCGAUUCGACGCGCGACAUCGAAACGCUGAACGAGGACAACGAGUCGGAGUUCGUGGACGAUUCCGAGUGCGAUCAGAGUGAGCAGCCGCUGUCGUUGGGAUUCGAGCAGAACACCUCCAUACCAUGCCUGAACCCGCUCGAUAGUGGCAGCGAGGAUUAUAGAUUUAAUACAGUGCCUUUAAAAGUUCAUACACCUGAUAGUUAUCUGCGUCAUCCGAACAGCUACUUGCCGAAGUAUAACAUACAGAGCGAAACGGAGGGCGAAAAUGUGCCACUGACCGGCCGGAAGCCGCUGAACGGGCUCGAAGUCGGCCGCCACCAGCUGGUCGAGUCCGACGAGGACGAGGACGUCGAGUCGUACGGGUUCCCCCAGACGCGCCGCAACCGCCGCGAACCCAGUGAUAUCGAUUUAGUGUUAAAAACCGACGAAGGAAGCUCUCUGCUAAGCCAUUCCCGCACCCUGAACAGCUCCAAUCACUCGAACAGCGAUCUAUCGACGCAGCUUUGCGAAAUCGAUGAUUCCGAGUACGAGCAGGAGCCGCCACAGCAGCAGCAACUUCAUCAUCACCAUCAUCAUAAUCAUCAUCAUCACAGCAGCCCCUCGCCGGUGGCGGCGGCGAACGUAUCGGGGGGCUCUUCCGGGGCCGGCAGCAACGUGGGUUCCGGCGCAGCGAGCACUUCCAAGCCACGCAGCCAGCAGAAAGUCAAGUGGAGCAACACCGUGCAGCAGACGGAAGUUUGA